GGGAGAGCCAUGUCAUGUGACUACGUGACGUUUACACCCGGAACAGGAAGUAAUCAAAGUGACAACAACAGCACUGAUCAAAAAUGGAGACUCGCUUCACCAGAGGCAAGUCGGCUAUUUUGGAGCGGCCCCUCACCCGACCCAAGACCGAGGUGAGUGUGAGCGCCUUCGCCCUGCUCUUCUCCGAGAUGGUGCAGUACUGCCAGAGCCGGGUGUACUCCGUGUCCGAGCUGCAGGCCCGCCUGGCGGACAUGGGCCAGGCGGUGGGAGCCAGCCUGCUGGACGUGCUGGUCCUCAGAGAGAAGAACGGCAAGCGGGAAACCAAAGUGCUCAACAUACUGCUGUUCAUCAAGGUGUCGGUGUGGAGAGCCCUGUUUGGCAAGGAGGCAGACAAGCUGGAGCAGGCCAACGACGACGACAAGACCUACUACAUCAUCGAGAAGGAGCCCCUCGUCAACUCUUACAUUUCUGUACCCAAGGAGAACAGCACCCUGAACUGUGCGGCCUUCACCGGGGGGAUCGUGGAGGCCAUCCUGACCCACAGCGGGUUCCCUGCCAAAGUCACCGUCCACUGGCACAAGGGCACCACGCUAAUGAUCAAGUUUGAUGAGGCUGUGAUCGCCAGAGACAAGGCGCUGGAGGGCAGAUAGAGAAGGGAGAGAGGCGAGCAGAGACGAGGGGUUGAGAGAGACAGAUGGCGUGUGUGAAUUGCGUUGUAAAUUGACUGUCGAAACAGAGGCUCUUAUGUAAAGGGAAUAUUGGACAUUGAACAGUGUUUGCAAGAAUGUCGGACUUUAAAUUCAUUAGAGAGAGAGGAAAAUUGACCAAGGAGGGUCACAGUGAUAUUUUGUGUCUGUUACACAUCCAGUACUUACUGAUUCAGCACUUUCAUUGCAGUGGAAAGUAGGAUUUGCCAAAGCUGAUUCAUAAAGCAAACAACAUCGGCUUAACGUGUCUGUUUCUUUAUGCAAACGAAUAGUUCCAAGUUUUGCAUGAUCUCUUUCAGUUGCAAAGAGCAACUCAAUUUAAACAAAAAAAAAGAAAGAAAAGAAGUGUUGUUAUGAUGGAAACUGAGUGAUGCAUAAUGGCCAGGCAUUAUUCCUGAGGUGAAAAUCAGGAAAUUGUUUGCUUUAGGGCAUAUAAAGAUGAUAUAAUUUCCAUACCAAAUAACCCAUGGAAACUCUUGCAGUUCCCCAUACUGCUGUGCAAAUAAAAUAUCUGAAAGUACGGGAAGCCCGAUGGGAUUGAAUGUUUCUCAGUUCACCAUUAGAUUUGCCUCUCUACUUGUUUGUGUUAUGGAGCCACCACAUUUUGUGCAGGAGGGAUGUAUUUGAAGGUGUGGCAGCUUCUUGUGUAAAACAUCUUGCCUACAUAAAUUGUUUUUGUGGAUUUGUGCCAUUUUAAUGUUUUUAUUUUGCUUUGAUGACAUGGAAAUAAACUUAUGAAAUAAUGUCUUCUCAAUUUGAA